GGGCCCAGGCCGGAAGCCACCCCGCGGCACAGCGGCCCCGCGAUACGGUGCCCGCGCCCCCGCCUUCUCUGGCACAGGCUCCGCGGCCAAGGGCGGCAGGGGCCAGCCCGCCGGGUCCCCGCCGCGGUCUUUGUCCCGGCCGCGCGCGGGCGGACGCGUGCACCCCCAGGGUGAGGGGAGGUGUGGAGAGCGCGCACGGGAGCGCGCGGGAACAGCUCGCGCCCGCCGGGCGUCGGCGGCGCGCGCCCCUCCGCCAGGCAAGCAGCGAGCACGCGCGUCGCCGCCGCGCCCGCCCCUCCCCCCGCGCUCGCCUCGGAACUUGCUGACUGCGCGGCCGGGAGGAGCCGAGCCGGGCGGCGGCGGCGGGAGGCUACAGCGCGCGGGGGUCUCCCGCGUCCCCUCCGCCUCGCCGGGAGCUCGCGCCCUCGCCCAGCCGAGCUCCCACCCCCCCCUUUUUUCCGAAGGCGCUGGGCGGCGCCACCCUCCGGCCGGAGCCCGGCACUGCACAACCCCCUCCGACUUUCAAUGUUCCACACUCCCCGGCCAGAGCCUCCUCGGCUUCUUUUUUUCCCUCCCCCCCCUUCCCCCCCCCACAGCUGCCUCCAUUUCCUUAAGGAAGGGUUUUUUUCUCUCUCCCUCCCCCACACCGUAGCGGCGCGCGAGCGGGCCGGGCGGGCGGCCGAGUUUUCCAAGAGAUAACUUCACCAAGAUGUCCAGUGAUAGGCAAAGGUCCGAUGAUGAGAGCCCCAGCACCAGCAGUGGCAGUUCAGAUGCGGACCAGCGAGACCCAGCCGCUCCAGAGCCUGAAGAACAAGAGGAAAGAAAACCUUCUGCCACCCAGCAGAAGAAAAACACCAAACUCUCUAGCAAAACCACUGCUAAGUUAUCCACUAGUGCUAAAAGAAUUCAGAAGGAGCUAGCUGAAAUAACCCUUGAUCCUCCUCCUAAUUGCAGUGCUGGGCCUAAAGGAGAUAACAUUUAUGAAUGGAGAUCAACUAUACUUGGUCCACCGGGUUCUGUAUAUGAAGGUGGUGUGUUUUUUCUGGAUAUCACAUUUUCAUCAGAUUAUCCAUUUAAGCCACCAAAGGUUACUUUCCGCACCAGAAUCUAUCACUGCAACAUCAACAGUCAGGGAGUCAUCUGUCUGGACAUCCUUAAAGACAACUGGAGUCCUGCUUUGACUAUUUCAAAGGUUUUGCUGUCUAUUUGUUCUCUUUUGACAGACUGCAACCCUGCGGAUCCUCUGGUUGGAAGCAUAGCCACUCAGUAUUUGACCAACAGAGCAGAACACGACAGGAUAGCCAGACAGUGGACCAAGAGAUACGCAACAUAAUUCACAUAAUUUGUAUGCAGUGUGAAGGAGCAGAAGGCAUCUUCUCACUGUGCUGCAAAUCUUUAUAGCCUUUACAAUACGGACUUCUGUGUAUAUGUUAUACUGAUUCUACUCUGCUUUUAUCCUUUGGAGCCUGGGAGACUCCCCAAAAAGGUAAAUGCUAUCAAGAGUAGAACUUUGUAGCUGUAGAUUAGUUAUGUUUAAAACGCCUACUUGCAAGUCUUGCUUCUUUGGGAUAUCAAAAUGUAUUUUGUGAUGUACUAAGGAUACUGGUCCUGAAGUCUACCAAAUAUUAUAGUGCAUUUUAGCCUAAUUCAUUAUCUGUAUGAAGUUAUAAAAGUAGCUGUAGAUGACUAGGAAUUAUGUCAUUUGUAUUAAACCCAGAUCUAUUUCUGAGUAUGUGGUUCAUGCUGUUGUGAAAAAUGUUUUACCUUUUACCUUUGUCAGUUUGUAAUGAGAGGAUUUCCUUUUACCCUUUGUAGCUCAGAGAGCACCUGAUGUAUCAUCUCAAACACAAUAAACAUGCUCCUGAAGGCAUA